AUGGGUGGUGUCUUUGACAGCACAUUUACAAUCAUUUUUGUUUUGGAACUUGUAAUUGGAAAUUUAGGAAAUGGAUUCAUAGCCUUGGUGAACUGCAUGGACUGGGUCAAGAGAAGAAAGAUGUCUUUAGUUGACCGAAUCCUCACUGCUUUGGCCAUCUCCAGAAUUGCUCUGCUCUGGUCAGUAAUCAUAACUGUAUUGUUAUUUUUGCUAUUCCCAGCUCUAGGUAAAACUGAAACAAUGAUGAGAAUGAUCAAUAUCAUUUGGUUAGUGACCAACCAUUUUAGCAUCUGGCUUGCUACAAUCCUCAGCAUCUUUUAUUUUCUCAAAAUAGCCAAUUUUUCCAACUCUAUUUUUCUUUACAUGAAGUGGAGAGUUAAAAAAGUGGUUUCAGUGACAUUGCUGGUGAGCCUGGUGUUCUUGUUUUCAAUUACUGUACAGAUGGGCACAUAUAUUGGUUACUUGAUUAAUGAAAAUGAAAGAAACAUGUCUUACAGAACCAGGUCAAGUAACCCUGCAGAAUUGUACAGAGUUACUUUAAUUCUCACCACUGUUUACAUUUCCAUACCAUUUACUUUGUCCCUGACAACUUUUCUCCUGCUAAUCUUCUCCUUGUUGAAGCAUAUGAAGAAGAUGCAGCACAAUGCCAAUGGAUCCAGAGAUGCCAGCACCAUGGCGCACAUAAAAGCCUUGCAAAAUGUGACGGUCUUCCUCUUAUUGUACUCCAUUUUCUUUCUGUCUCUUAUUGUACAAGUUUGGAGUACCAAAUUCCUGGUGAAAAAUGAGACCAUCUUCUUUUGCUUGGCUGCUGGAUUGACUUUUCCUUCAAUCCACUCUUGUGUCCUGAUUCUUGGAAACAGUAAACUGAGACAGUUGUCUCUUUUGGUGCUGUGGUGGCUAGGGUGCAGGUUCAAAGAUGUGGAAAACUCGGGUCCCUAA